UGACAGUUGACAUUUGACAGUUUCUCCAGCCAUUUGCCGUUUUGUGAUCGCGGUAGGUUGUUUUACUGAGUUGGCGAAACGCGCACGUAUUUUAUAUCUUUUUCUAUAAAAAUCAGUAUUUAAAAUUAAUUUUCUCUCUUCAGGAAAUUAAUACAUUCUACAACCAUGACUAUGGAGAGGAUAGACAUCACCCAACCUCUUUGGGACCAAAGCACCUUCAUGGGAAGGUUCAGGCAUUUCGCCUUCAUUUCCAAUCCAUUACUCUCUCUAGCUUCAGAAGAGGAACUGCAUCAGGCUAAGGAUCUGUAUUUGAAGUACAAAUCAGGCAAGGAACCAGCAGGUACAAAAUACGAGCAGCUGGUUAGAGCGAAGCAGCUAUACGAGUCAGCGUUCCACCCUGAUAGUGGGGAGCUGCAGAAUGUGUUCGGCAGGAUGUCCUUCCAGAUGCCUGGAGGCUGUCUCAUUACUGGAGCUAUGUUGCAGUGGUAUAGAACACCAGUAGCAGUAGUCUUCUGGCAGUGGGUGAACCAGUCGUUCAAUGCCCUCGUGAAUUACACCAACCGGAACGCGAACUCCCCCCUCACGACCACACAGAUGGGAGUGGCGUACGUCUCCGCCACAUCAGCCGCCAUGGCCACUGCACUGAUCUUCAAGUUCAGCGUCCAGAAACGUGCUAAGAACCCUAUUUUGGCUCGCUUCGUACCUUUCGUGGCAGUAGCGGCCGCCAACUGGGUGAACAUCCCAUUGAUGAGACAGAAUGAGAUCCUUCUAGGUUUGGAUGUGACUGAUGAGAAUGGAAAAGUGAUCGGCAAGUCUCAAUUAGCGCCGGUGAAGGGAAUCUCUCAAGUGGUCACUUCGAGGAUCGUGAUGUGUGCCCCGGGCAUGUUGCUGCUGCCGGUGAUCAUGGAGCGCCUGGAGCCCAAGCCGUGGAUGCAGCGCAUCCGCUGGGCACACAUCGGCAUACAGACCGCUAUCGUCGGCAUGUUCCUAACAUUCAUGGUACCGACGGCCUGUGCGAUCUUCCCACAGAGAUGCAAACUCUCAAUAGACACAAUCAAACGUUUCGAGAAGGACAACUACGAACAAAUACUUAAGAACACGGACGGUAAGCCGCCGGAAUACGUGUACUUCAAUAAGGGACUGUAAACUAUUAGACGUAAGGUUUAAAAUACAAUCUAGACAAGAUGCAAGUAUAAGUUGUUUGUAAGGAUGUGUCCAGUGAGAUAUGAAAUGGUCAAGAGUCGUUUUAUACAUGUUGAUAUUUAAUAACUAGACUGUUUUAAACAAAAUUUGACUCUAAAUCUCGAAAAUAAGGUUUAAAAUGCAGUGAGUGAGAAAAGACACCGGGGUCCUCAGAGAUUUAGUAGUAUUAUUGUAAAAAACUAUAUAGAGUUCUGCUCACC